GUGUGUGCAUGAACAGAAAGGAUUGAUGUGCUUAGAAAUAAUCAGUGCACACAGUUAUGAAUGUGCAGCAGCUCUAGAGGGACGAUGAUGAUGAUGAUGAUGAUGAUGAUGAUGAUGAUUGAUGAUGAAGAUGCACCUGGGUGAAUUGUGCUCAAUUAAAGCGAGCUUCCUUUCCUCCAGUGCCAUGCAGGCAGAAAUAACAGCACCCACACGCCAUCAUGCUGCUCUGCUUACUGUAUCCUUAAUCCAGCAGAGGAAAAACCGAGUACACACCGAGCCCAAACCAGGACACAGAGCUCACUCACUGCAGGGGCUUGGUAUGCUUUUACAGUGGUCCAGGGAUGCCCAAGGAGAAAUAUGAGCCGCCAGAUCCCCGGCGGAUGUACACGAUAAUGACCAGCGAAGAGGCAGCAAGUGGGAAAAAAUCUCACUGGGCUGAGCUUGAGAUAAGUGGUAAAGUGCGGAGUCUAAGCUCGGCCCUGUGGUCGCUCACACACCUCACCGCUUUGCACCUCAGUGACAACUCGCUGUCACGUAUCCCCCCCGACAUUGCCAAGCUACACAACCUAGUGCACCUGGACCUGUCGUCCAAUAAGAUCAGGAGCCUGCCAGCUGAGCUCGGCAACAUGGUGUCUCUCAGGGAACUGCUUUUAAAUAACAACCAGUUGCGGGUUCUACCUUUCGAAUUGGGGAAAUUGUUUCAGUUACAAACACUGGGGUUAAAAGGAAAUCCACUCGCACAGGACCUCAUGAGCCUCUACCAGGAACCAGAUGGCACCCGCCGACUGCUGAACUACCUUUUGGACAAUCUUGCCGGUGCUAUUAAACGCAUAUCAACUGAGCAACCGCCGUCCCGGUCGUGGAUUGUACUGCAGGAGCCGGAGAGAGUCAGGCCUGCAGCCGUGUUCUCAGUAAUGUGCUAUAACGUACUGUGCGAUAAGUACGCCACACGCCAGCUGUACGGCUACUGCCCUCCAUGGGCUCUCAACUGGGAGUACAGGAAGAAGGCCAUCAUGCAGGAAAUCCUCAGCUGCAAUGCUGAUAUCAUCAGCCUACAGGAAGUGGAGACAGAACAGUAUUAUAACCACUUCCUGGUGGAGCUGAAAGCGCAGGGAUAUGAUGGAUUCUUCAGUCCAAAGUCCCGAGCCAGAACCAUGUCCGAGUCAGACAGGAAACACGUGGACGGAUGUGCAAUAUUCUACAAGACCGAAAAGUUCAGUGUGGUGCAGAAGCACACGGUGGAGUUUAAUCAGCUGGCCAUGGCUAACUCAGAGGGCUCGGAGGCCAUGUUGAAUCGUGUAAUGACCAAGGACAACAUCGGGGUGGCGGUGCUGCUGGAGCUACGCAGGGAAAUGAUGGAGAUGACACCGGGCAAGUCUUUCCAUGUCCUGGAGAAACAGCUCCUCCUGGUGGCCAAUGCCCACAUGCACUGGGACCCGGAGUACUCCGACGUGAAGCUGGUCCAGACCAUGAUGUUCCUUUCUGAGGUGAAGAACAUCGUGGACAAAGCCUCACGCAGCCUCAAGCUCUCGUCCAUAUCUGGAGAAACCAACGCUAUCCCUCUGGUGCUGUGUGCUGAUCUCAACUCACUGCCUGACUCGGGUGUGGUGGAAUUCCUGAGCACAGGCGGGGUGGACUGUACGCACAAAGACUUUAAAGAGCUGCGCUACAGCGACAGUCUGACCAACUUCAACUGCAAUGGCAAGAACAGCUCGUCCAACGGCAGGAUCACGCACGGCUUCAAGCUCAAGAGUGCCUACGUGAAUGGGCUCAUGCCUUACACCAACUACACCCUCGACUUCAAGGGUGUGAUCGAUUACAUCUUCUGCUCUGAGCCUCAGCUGAACGUUUUGGGUGUCCUGGGACCUCUGGAGCACGACUGGCUCCUGGAGAACAACGUGAGUGGCUGCCCGCACCCCCACAUCCCGUCGGACCACUUCUCCCUGUUUGCACAGCUGGAGCUGCUCCUGCCCCAGCAUGCCCCCAUCAACGGGGUGCACCUGCCUGCACGCAGGUAGUCACACCCCGCUCUGAGACGUCACCGUGAGGGGUGGGGCGGCGCUGCACACUCCCACCUCUGACACGUUCUUCUGGCAACUUACUGAAAACGACCGAACCUCUGAACUACGCCAUUUACUUUGUGCUUCUUUAAAAAAAAAAAAAAAGUUUUAGAUUUUUAAAAAAUCUUUUAUUUCAUGACUUUUUUUUUUUUUUUUUUUUCCUUCCUUGUUUACUCGAUGGAACCAAAUUUGCUUCUAAACGCUAAAAGAGGCUCGGUUUCUCAGUCUCUCGUUAAGCUUUGUCUUUUGUAGUUGUUUUCUAGUCGUAUGCAUGGGUUUCUGUUUCGAGCACUACUUUUCCACGCUGCUUCGGUAUCGUCGUUCUCAUGCGAAAAAAACAAAACAAAAGGCGUAAGUAGUUUGUAGGCAUGCGGUCUCGUGUCAGGAUGCAGAAUCUGUGUCGUUUAGCUCUCACGUGAAGCCAGGUUUGUGAUCGGCGCACGUGUCCCAUGCACUCGAAGGAAGUCUGGGCUGAAGGAAACGGAGGUCAUAAUGCCAAUGGCAGUCAGAUGUUUAAUAAUCUCAAGCCAGCAAUGAUUCCUGAAUCCUCACCCAAGUGCAUUAAACCUCCUCGUUCCUUUCUAAGCCCUAGACGGAUUACAAAAAAAAAACAACAACUCGAAUAUCUGACAAGCAAUAGCUCACAUCCGGUUAUGCUUUUUUUGUAUAUACACGCACGUGUGUGUGUGCUCGGAUUUUAGCUUUGGUUCUUACACGCGUCUUUUUAGAGAAGCUCCGGAAAGCGUGCGUUCCGCUUAAAUGGGUGCCAGUCUUUUUUAACGGGAGUGGCCCGAGCCGUCACGUGUUCACUCCUGAACGGUGCAAUAUUCUCAACCGUUUUAAAGCUAAAGCCGUGGCAAAUGUUUUUUAUACGAGCUUAAAUAUGAAAAAUCCAAUCCUCCAGUGCACUUAUUCCGAAAGGUUUACUAGCAUGGCGAUCGAUUGGCUCAAUGAAAUUCUGUUCUUCGACGCAAACAAUUCGUUUGAAUGCAUCGGCUUGAUCACUGGUUACCCGGUAACUUUGUUGUUGUUAUUAUUAUUAUUAUUAUUAUUAUUAUUAUUAUUAUUAUUUUGUUAUUGCGAUUGAGCUAUGCACCUGGAAAUGUUUAGCUCCUAGAAAACAUUGGAUGUGAGGUCACUGUGGACGUACCCACAUGGUGGAGGAGAGAGAGCUAUAGAGAUGUAUAUAUAGAGAGAGAGAUAGAAAGAUUAUAAUCUCUAUGUAUCUAUCUAUCUCUCUAUCUAUAUAUAUGUGAGUGAGAGAGAAAUAUAUAUGAGGAAGAGAGAGCGCAUGUAUGUAUGUAUGUAUGUAUGUGUAGAUAUAUAUAUCUGCUCUCUCUCUGCCUCUCUCUCUAUCUAUCUAUCUAUCUAUCUAUCUAUAUAUAUAUAUAUAUAUAUAUAUAUAUAUAUAUAUAUAUAUAAUAUGAGAGAGAGAGAGAGCGAUAGACAUAUAAUAUAGAGAGAAAGAGAGAUGUGGGUGUGGGAAGAAGACUUCAUCGGGUCUGUAUUCAACCAGCAUCCGUUCACUGUGUUUUGUGGAAAAGUGGAGAACAUUCCGUAUUUUUUCCCACAAACCGCUCGUAACUUCUCAAGGUGUGUAGCACUGUCUUUUGCGGCCAGUAGUUUUCCGCCCAGUCGUUAAUCAUCCUUGUGGGCUUUUUUUUUUUUUUUGCCUUUUUUUUCCUCUUUCUUUCUUCCUUUCUUCUUUUCUCUCCCAACCAACCCCCCCCCCAACCCCCCAGUGAUUUUAUAAGUGUAUACACACAUUUAAUCUUUAAUAUUUACUUGAUUGUAUAUGAGCCACACACAGAGAACUUUUUUUUUCUUUUUUUUUUUUUUUUCCUCCCCACACAUAUUUUUCUUUUUUCUUUUUUGUAAUAUGGAUAAAUUAUGAUAUUUUAUUUUGAUUUUUUUUUUAUUUUUAUUUAAAAAAAAAAAAAGAAAAGAAAAAAAGAUUGUAUUGUGUAAGUGUGACUGCAAUUUUUAAACACAGGAAUCAAAUUUACCAGCUUGUUUAAAAAAACAAAACAGAAGAAAAAAAAAAAAAAAAAAAAAAGGUUGAAGAGGUUGUUCCCAGGUGUCACUGCCACACUCUUGCACUCAGUGACAUUUUUGUUAUUUUUUUGUUUUUUUUCCGGUUUCUUCUUGUUAAUUCCUCGACGUACGUCAAAUUGCCGCGUGGUAGAGGUCCGCGUUGUGCCUCGGUGUGUCCUUAUCUUGCACUACCAGUGAACACCUGUACAACCUCUCAUCCUUUCGAACACCUUGGAAGUUGUAUGUGAUUACUUUCUUUCUUUUUUCUCUUCUUUCCCUUAACACUUUUUUUUUUCCUGAACUACUCUACUACGCAAAGGAAUCAGGUCUGUAAUAUUACAAAAAAAAAAAGAAGUUAUUUUUGUAGCUAAAGCGUCUGUGGUAGGGCUCUGAAUAUCUUUCCUAGUUUUGAAACUCCACUCGUCGGUCGACGUUUUGUUUCCACACACGUUCCGUAGGUCUCUCCUUUUCCCCCCCGUAUAACCCGAGCUGACUUUACAAUCCCUUACUGGUUCUGUUGGUGUCUCGCUGUAAUAGCUCUAGUCUGGUCAUACGCUUUAUUAUUAUUAUUAUUAUUAUUAUUAUUAUUAUAAUAUAUAUUUUUUUCCUGUGUAGUGCCACGUGGUGCGUUCUUCUUCUUCUAUGAAGCCAUUUCGCUUUAGAUUCCCCUCUUUGACUUCGUUUUGUUGAAGUGGACAGGGAUGGGGGGGGGGCUCGUUCUGGGUUCGUUUUUUUUCUUCUCAGCAUCUCCUUCGAUACGUUCAAAGCUUUAGGACCAAACUCCAGUCUUGUGAAUCUUUCUGUGGUUUCAUCUGUAUCAUGUUUUUUCUUACGCUUUUAGAAAGUAGACGAAAUGCUGCAUCAGUUAGCACUUGACACGAGAUGAACUGACGGGAAUUAUUCAGUCACCUCUCUCUUUAGCUCUUAAUUGGUCACGGAAUUGUAAACAAUUUUUAGCAGUAAGGAUAAACCAGUACAUUUAACUCAAAUUCUGAGCAACGUUUCACAUCGUUUUUAUGUAUUGUAAAUGACAUGCCCCCCCCCCCCCCCCCGUUAAUGACCUUGACUUGCUGAAGGUAUUGUAGAUUUCAGUAGCUUUUUGUAAAGUGUGAAUAAAAUGUGUAUUGCCUA